AACUUGCGACUCACAGACCCUAAUGAUGAGUGACAUCACUUAGCUUUUGACCAGUGGCGUCACUUAGUAGUACUAUCAUUGGUUAUUGCACAAAGUUAUUAUUUCUGAAUAGCUGUACAGAAUACGACGGACAGCUAGGCAACUUGCAAGCUGUGCAUCACGAGAAAUAAAUUGGAGAACACAAUACGAACAAAACAAAACCUAAACCUCAUGGUGGCACCCAAAAACACGAGGUCCAUGCAAAAUAGGGAGAAUCUUAAAUUUCCCACUUGAACAAUUAUUGAUUGAACUAGACAAAAUCCACACAGCUACAGUCAGCCAAAACACUAGCUAGCAAGGGGCCGUGUCCUUUAACUAUUAGCGAUCCAGUAUGAUGGGACGGGAAGAUGAAGUAAGUCGCAAUUUUUUUUUAUCUUAAUCUUAUUUUUCUAGAAUUAAGUAAUUAUUAUCGUUUUGGUGUUUAACUAACUUUUUAGAACUGACCACACACCCUUAUAAAUUGCCAAGUUAUCCAUGAAUAGAAAAGCAUCUCCUAAUCAAUAGGAUCCAUUAGCUGGUGAUUCCAGAGUGCGAAGAAUGGAUGAGCUUUAUGGAAUUUCAGUGAGAGGUUAUGUUAAAGAACUCAUAGAGUGGCGAGAGAAAAACCCACAACUUCCUCUCAAUCCGAAAUUUACAGCUCAUUGUAGAACUCCUUUACACAUAGCAGCUAUGUGCGGCCAUGUCAAGUUUGCAGAAAAACUUUCUAGUUUCGAGAAACAACUCACAAUGGAGAAAGACUCGCAUGGAUUUACUCCUCUUCACUUGGCUUCCGCAAGACCAAGCGUUUCUAUGGUGAAGCAGUUGUUAGAAGCCAACAGGGAUGUUUGUAUGGUUACGGAUAAAGAUGGAAGAACACCUCUAUAUAUAGCAGUAAUGCAUGAUCGAUAUAAAAUCAUAGACGAAUUGAUUAUAAAGAAGCCGGAAGCGUAUCACAUUCGAUAUCAUCAAAAUGAGACGAUACUGCACCUCUGCGUCAAACAUGACAGUUUGGUCUCCCUAAAUUUGUUAUUAUCAAAGUACUCGCGGCACUUGCCACAUGGGGACGCACUGUCUGUGGGCUUGGAUCCUGUAUCUGUCAACUCCAAAGACUUAGAUGGGAACACAAUUUUACACCUUGCUGCAAAUAGGAGGCAAAUGGAGUGUAUAAAGUUUUUAGUUGAAGACAAGGAUACCGGAAUUGACAUCAAUGCCACAAACAAUAACAACAUCAAAGCACUCGAUAUUUUAACACAAAAAGAAAGAGAUAGUUAUGAAAUUGGAUGCUUCCAUUUUGAGAAUGAGGAGAAUGUAGAUCAAAAAUGGUUGAAAGAGAGAGUGAGUGCGUUAAUGGUGGUUGCAACAUUAAUUGCAGGAAUCGCUUUUCAAGCUGCUAUAAAUCCACCGGGUGGAGUUUUUCAGGAAGACUCGUAUGUCAAUGCUCGUGAUCAACCUGUUACUUUUACUUAUUAUCUAGGAUCUGUGAAUAAGACCUCUAAGUCUAGUUACUUUGGAGAAUAUCUAAAGGGCCUUCCCCAUCUGAAACCAAAUGAUAGUAGUACCCAGAGACGGAAUUCCACAAUGAUCACUAAAACAGCCACUUUCGUCAGUUAUAUGUUAGGCACACUAAGUAACGUUUCUUAUGGUCAUGAUAAUCCUUAUGUGGUGGGUAAAUCGCCCGGUGUUGUUUUGGAACACGAAAAGUGGAAACCCAUUAUUUCCACACAUAAACGUAAUGCGAAUUUUACCCCUUAUCUCAUACGAUAUGCCGGGACACCAAUAUUGGCUUAUGCACACCCAAACCUUUACUCUGUCUACAUAGUUUGCACUGCAGUUGCAUUCUUAAUGUCUUUAGCCAUAAUCAUGCUAGUUAUAACUGGGCCUGUAGAUGAAGAUUCCAUCCACCAUCAGGUUAAAAUUCUUGUUUACACAUUGUUCUUUUCAAUAACUUUAUUGAUCGGAAGUUACGUAGCUGUAUUCCUAAGCAUGGCUCCUCCAUUUUAUGAUAAUAUGUAUACUUUAGGAUUGUCAUCUCUCGGGGCCGCUGCAAUCCUGGGGUUUAGCAUGUUUGGGUACCUGAUAAUCCGCCGGAAGUGGAAAUAUUGGAAGCUAAAGAUAAGGUUGCACAUCAAAAAGGAAGAAAUAUUGAUAGAUCAAUUACAUACAGAAUCAUUAAAAAUCAUAUCAAAACGAUUUAUUGUAAGGAUUCUGACGCUUCUUUAUUUGUUUGCGGUUGUCCCUGGUCUCUUUAUUGCUGUAUAUAAAGUUUACAAAAGUUGAGUGUAACAUGGAAUGUAAUGGUUCAUUCUUGGGUAUAUAAAUAAUAUUCCUGAGCA